AUGGCAUGAGGCAUCGCAGCCGUAUUAAUCCACGAAUUCAAUCCUAAAGUAUCUUCCCAUCCUCUGCAUGCAAUAAGUGAUAACAAACUAUUUAUAACCGAUAACCCAAGCUCGUCUCGACGUGUAAAAUCACUCAGUGUCCAUUUAUUAACUACAGAAAUCCGUUACAAAAUCUAUAAUUAGCGGUUUCGAUUCGUAAUAAACGAUUUCGCCGUUUGGUCCGCGCAAUUCACCGACAAUUUAAUGGAUAGAGCCAGGCUUUAUCUCGCUCCAGCUGUCCUAGUUGGUGUUGGGACGCUAUUCAUCAGUUUACGAUGGCUGUGGAGCAAGAGGAGGGCCCGGCCUCCCACACACUGGAGGAAAGUUGGAGAGAUCGCCGAGAUUUUUGUUUUUCCGGUUAAAUCACUGGGACCUGUUCGAUUGGAUGAAACUGAGUGCACUAUUCUCGGAUGCAAAUCCGGGUGGCUCAGGGACAGAAGUUUACUCGUUGUUGACGAUGGGGAUAGGUUUUUUACAGCUAGAAAGUGCCCGAAAAUGGUUAAGGUAAUACCGAGUAUUUCCGGCUCCAUUCUAUCCCUAAGUGCCCCAGGAAUGACAACAAUUAGCGUGGACCUGUCAAAAGUAGAAAAAAAGCUGAAAGUAGUGAUUUGGGGUGAUACAGUCCCCUCAAACGAUUGUGGCGAGGAAGUAGCAAGAUGGUUAUCAAGAUACAUUUUGGAGAAAGACUCGGGUCUCAGGCUUGUCUACUACCCACUCGACACUUCCUCCCGCACCAUCAGCAGAGUCAACAAGAGCUUCCACCUGUUCGAAACAUCCGAUCUCGGAGUUUUCACUGAUGAGACGAGCUUUGCCUUGAUGAAUCAAGCAUCCGUCGACGAUUUGAACACUAGAUUGGAGGAGCCGGUGGAUCCUCUGCGGUUCAGACUCAAUUUCACUGUUAAGGGAGCCCCAGCUUACGAAGAAGACACCUGGGACUGGGUAAAAAUCGGAUCAGUGACGUUUAGAAACGUCAGACCGUGCAUUCGGUGUGUCAUGACUACUAUCAGUCCGGCGACUGGUGAGAAACAUCCGAAAGUGGAACCGUUGGAAACUCUAAAGAAGUACAGACAACCUGGAGAUCCCGCUGUGAAGUCUGUAGUGGGCACAAGUCCAGGAUUUGGUAUUCAUUUAGGUCUGAAAGGUCCGAAUGGAAUUGUGAGAGUCGGUGAUCCAGUUUAUGUUGGAUAAACCGAUAUAAAAAAGAACCAUAUUUUUCUUGUCACCUUACGGUUUGAUAGUUUUAUAAUUAAUUAAAUAAUGAAUGAAUAAAAAUAACUGAAAACAAAUGA